UCCGCGUCCACCUCGCGCCACGUCACCGUGUCGCGCUUCAUGCCCACCUCCCGCCGCAUCGUGCAGUUCUCCAGCGGCAAGAGCGCGCCGCUGGGCGCGCGCAUCGUGUACAUCGACGGCGCCUUUGACCUGUUCCAUGUGGGGCACGUUGAGAUCCUGAAGAAGGCCAAGCAGGCGGGCGACUUCCUGCUGGUGGGGGUGCACACGGAUGAGGAUGUGUGCGAGCGGCGGGGCCCGCACCUGCCCAUCAUGACCCUGCACGAGCGCGCGCUGAGCGUGCUGAGCUGCCGAUACGUGGACGAGGUGGUCAUAGGCGCACCCAUGGAGAUUGCCGAGGACCUGCUGACCACCUUCAACAUCUCGCUGGUGGUCACCGGUACCGUGCACGAGACGUGCAGCCGCGACAGCGAGCGGCAGCGGUACGCGGUACCGCAGGAGCGCGGCAUCUUCCAGCGGCUGGACUCUCCCGACACGAUGACCUCAGCUAAGCUCAUCGAGCGCAUCAUGGCCAACCGGGCGCUGUUCGAGGCGCGGCAGGCCAGGAAGGUGAAGAGCGAGGGGGAGUACUACAAGACCAGCAAGCAGUACCUGCAGGAGAUCUGA